AUGAAAGUUUUAAGGGAUUUGCUGGUAGAUAGGAAAGAGUUCGAGGACUGGAAGAACAACUUGGCAUGGGCCCGGGAUGGCACUCUAUAUUUAACAACAUUUCCAGAUAUUAGUAUUGGUCAACCAAAGUAUACUACAGAUGUUAAUGGUAACAGUAAGAAUCUGUUCCAUGUCAAAGAAUGCCCCUUAGGACUCGAAAAUAAACUGGAUUUUGAGCAGGCGCAACAUAAUGGUUUGCUGAAUUCACAGCCGGUUUCCUAUCCUAGAGUUUGUAAACCAUCACCAGUAGACGAUUGGAUGGCUGUAUUAACCAAUAAUGGCAAUGUUUCCGUGUUCAAGGGUAAUGAAAAUCUGGUUAAUCUUGAUUCAAACGGAGAUUUGGGCCACAGAACCUACCAUUGUUUUGAAUGGAAUCCUAAUAAAUCUUCAAUUGUAGUCGGCAACGAAGAUGGUGAACUUCAAUUUUUUGGUAUUCACAAAAAUUUAGAGAAAAGUCCAGAAUUUUUCCUUGAAAGCAGCAUCCGGUUGAGUGACGUUGGCUCAAAAGAUUGGGUCACUCAUAUUACAUGGUACGAUGAUAUUCUCAUAGCGGCGCUUUCAAAUAAUUCUGUAUUUUCCAUUACAUUUUCUAGUUCAUCUCAUGAACCUAUAUUAAAAUUAGUACAGAAUUCAUCAAGAAGAAAGAUUACUGACUUACAAAUAGUGGACAAUAAAGUAAUUGUAACUUGUCCUGGAUAUAUGCAUAAGAUAGAUUUGAAAGACAAUUCAAUUUCGAGUUUGAAAACAGGCUCUCCGGAAAAAUUCUAUAUAAUCCCAUUAAGGCAUGAGCAAGAGAGCAAGGUACUACUAAUUUCCAAUAAGAUUAGUUAUAAUGUCCUGUUAGCAGAAGAGCUCCAUGUGACGGCAGAUAACAUUAUUGGGCCUUACCUGGAAAAGAAAUUCAAUAAUUGGAGUACAAUCUGGAACGAAUUCAACAAUUAUGAGACGUCCAUUGUUAUACAUGGCGUGUGUCUAUCUCCAGAUGGCUAUGCAAUAGCGAUAGUAUAUAAUAUGGAGCGGGUGGCGUUCAAAUACAAAAUAGCUUCAGAACAGUCAUUUUACGUAAUGUUCGCCCCAUUGUAUCAAUCUUGGAAAAUUUCUGAGCAUGCUGAUGGAUUAGCGUGGUAUCAGAUGUACCACAUCUACAACAAAUCACCACCUGAACUGCCAGAGAACUUCGGUACAAAUAAAAAAUUGCUAAAUGGAAAUUAUCCUCUCAAUCUAGAUUUCAUAUCAUACCUCAAUGCAUUGGUAAAAAGUGGAGAGAUGAGAACCAUAAUGUUCUUGAAUAUGACGAGUAAUAGCCCGUCAAUUUCAUCAUUUCAGGAAGCGUUAUAUGAAUAUGCUAUGAAUAAAAAAUCCGAACUGACCAAUGAUUUCGAUCUAGCCUGCGUAUUGUCUAUAGCAAAGAUACUGAACAGAGAAGCACCAACUGCUGAGGGCAAGUUAAGAAUGAAAAGCAGUCUUCUUGAGGAAACGUUCAAUUUAGAAAGCUUCACCGCUGACCGUGAAGUUGUAACGUCCACAGCUAAUAACACUUGGAGAAGGUGUAGUAUAACUCUGCUUCCAAUAAUUACCACGCAAGUAAGGGUAUGUCCCGUGAGUAGACAACGAGUAUUGGAUAUAAAACGAGACGACUUAAAUGAUUAUGGUUGGUUUACGAGAGGUCUACUAGAAACAUUCAAUGAAAAAAGCAUAUACAGUGGAACGACGUUGGAAGUCAUUUGA